AUGUCAUUCCACUCUGCCUCUCCGGAGGGGCUGUAUCACUCCUCCCCCACCAGCGAUUCGAAUUCCCCGAACAGUGCGCUGCCCGCACGCGUGCCCGCGCCCGCCACCGCCCCCCGCCCGGAUCUCGCGAGCUCACGAAGUUGUGUAACGUGUCGCCGUCGGAAGGUCCGCUGCAACAAGCGAUCGCCGUGCUCCAACUGUACCAAGGCCAGUAUCGAGUGUAUUUUUCCCCCACCCGGCCGGGCCCCGCGCAAAUCCAAGCGCCCGCCCGAUGCGGAGCUUCUCUCGCGACUCCGCCGUCUCGAGGGUGUGAUUGAGCAUCUGAGCGGGAAAAACAACGAGUCUCCUGCUGGAGCUGGUACAGGCUCAACCUCCAGUACCUCACCAGUUCAGGCACCGCCAACUUUUCCAAUCCUCCCAUCUGUCCCUUCUGAGAAUGCAAACGCAUCGAAAACCACUUCGACAAUCGCCCCCGAGAAAGAGGACCAGGAUGGCGGCUGCCCAUUUGAGAACGCUGAUCCGAAGAAUCUUGCCCCGAAGAAGUUUGAGAAUGAAUUUGGGAGGUUGGUCAUCGACGAAGGCAGAAGUCGAUAUGUGAGCAAUCGGCUAUGGGCCAGCCUUGGGGAUGAAAUUGAAGAAUUACAGGAUAUCCUAGAUCAUUCGGAAUCCGAGGAGGAGGACUAUCCAUCUCCGGAAUCCUCUCACUCGGGCUCUCACGAAGGGUUCCUUUUCGGGUUUUAUUCUUUGUCUCACUCUCUCCGAGAGUUUCACCCGCCUCUUCCCAAGGUAUCGAUGCUUUGGGAACUCUACAAAGAUAACGUGGCGCCUUUGAUCACCAUCGUACACAGAGAAGCCGCGAGGAAGCUCUUAACAGAAGCGGCUCAAAACCCGGACUCAUUGGAUAAAAAUAACGAGGCCCUGGCCUUUUCCAUUUACCUCAGCGCCAUCAUUAGCUUGAACUCUGAACAGUGCCGGUCACUAUUAGGAGAAGAGCGUACCGCACUGGUCAAACGUUACCGGUUUGCGGUCGAGCAAGCGCUUGCGAAAGCUGGCCUACUCAACACCCAGAGCCUGGUGCUCCUGCAGGCAGCGGUUCUCUUCUUGAUCUGCAUUCGCAGAGAAGACGAUUCCAAGUUUGUCUGGUCGAUGAAUUCGGUCCUCCUUCGCCUCGCUCAGGGCUUGGGCUUACAUCGCGAUGGUACCAAUUUCGGCCUUCGGCCAUACGAGACGGAGCUGCGUCGACGGCUGUGGUGGCAUAUCUCUCUUAUGGAUGUCCGCUGCUCCGAAGACCAUGGUACCGAUCCGAUGAUCAACGAGAGCAUGUUUGACACUCGACUCCCAUUGAACAUCAACGACGACGAUAUUACGCCGCAAAUGACAGAAGCCCCACCCGAGCGAGAAGGCUGUACUGAUGUGACCUUCUGUCUCAUCCGCUGUGAAAUUACAUGUGCCUUGCGCCGAGCGAACUACUCCUGCCCUGGUUCUCGGUUCCGCAUGGGCCAGGGCGGACCAACAUUGGAUCGCUGUGAACGCAUGAUUGAAAUCAUUAGCAGUCGCGUUCAGACACGCUAUUUAAAUCACUGCAACAUGGAUAUCCCGAUCCACUGGGCUUCUGCAGUUGUAGGCCGUCUCAUUCUUGCGAAGUUGUGGCUGGUCGUCCAUCACCCGAUGACUCGCAAAGACCGCGUUGAAAAUGUAUCCCAAGCAACCCGUGAAAGCUUGUUCCACACUGCGAUUGAAGUUCUAGAGUUCAGCCGUCUUUUAGAAACCGAUCCCAAGACUGCAAAAUGGGGCUGGCUGUUCCGAACUAACAUGCAGUGGCACGGAGUUGCCUUUGUCCUAUCUGAAGUCUGCGUUCGUCCGAUCUGCCCCGUCACCGAUCGAGCUUGGAACGCCAUCAGAGCACUCUACUCAGAGUGGGAAAAGCAACCCACACACAAAAGAGGCAUGCUGUGGCGACCUCUCGCUGCGCUCAUGAAACGGGCUGCCGCCAAAAGAGCCAAGCAGCAGGAAGAACUUCUUGCCAAAUUUGGCCCACAUCCAACUCCAUUCAAGUCCGAAACCCCUGAUUUUGCAGCCGCGCACCACCACACUCUUCCCCAGAUCCACAUGCCGGCUCAACCUUCUCCGACGAUUUCAUCUGGUUCUGGAUCCACGCAGAACAACCUGAUGCCAGCCAACCCCUUGGAUGUCAGUUUCGCCAAUGGACCAUGGGAGGCAUUGCAAAGCAUCUUCCCGAACACAAAUUUGUUUGCACCAGUCACCCUUGAUAACCCGCCACUACAAAGCCCAGUCUCCGCUGUCAACUUACCUUCGGGAAUGCUGUUUAAUAGUUCAAUGGGCAAUCCUUUUAUGACCCAAGACACGAUUCCCGAUACCGCGACGCUUAGUUGGGAUGCGUGGGACCAAGUCAUGCGAGAUUUCCAAAUGGAUGUUGAAAAUGACGAAUCUGGUCCGGCAACGGGCACUCAUAUUACAGAAUGGUUUGCAUAA